AUGUCCGACGAAGUGACCUACGCUACACUCACAUUUCAGGAUUCCGCAGUAGCAGGAAAUAACCAGGAUGGAAAUAACUUAAGAAAAAGAGGGUAUCCAGCUCCAUCCCCCAUAUGGCGCCAGGCUGCCCUGAGUCUGCUAACUCUUUGCUUGAUGCUGCUGAUUGGACUGGUGACUUUGGGGAUUAAGUUUUUGCAGACAUCAAAUGAAAUUAACUCAGAUUCAGAGAAAUUGAGUCAACUUCAAAAUAUCAUCCAUCAACAGCAGGAAAACUUAUCUCAGCAGUUGGACAACUACAGGAACUUUCCCAUGGAGGAGGAAUUUCUCAAAUCACAAAUAGCUGAUCUACUGAGGAGGCAGGGAGAAAUGGCUAUCAAACUCUGCCAAGAGCUAGUCAUUCACAAUUCAGGCCACAAAUGUAAUCCUUGUCCUAGGACAUGGCAAUGGUACCAAAACAGCUGCUAUUAUUUUACAACUAACGAGGAGAAAACCUGGGUCAACAGUAGAAAGGAUUGCAUGGACAGGAACUCCACCCUGGUGAAGAUAGACAGCUUGGAAGAAAAGAAUUUUCUUAUAUCACAGCCAUUACCCAAACUUUCUUUCUUCUGGCUGGGAUUAUUCUGGGACCCAAUAGCUAGAAGUUGGUUUUGGGAGGAUGGCUCAAUUCCUUCUCCAUCCUUAUUUAAUACUCAAGAACAUACCCAGAUCAAUGGCUCCAAAGAAUGUGCUUAUUUUCAAAAAGGAAAUAUUUAUAUUUCUCGCUGCAGUGCUGAAAUUUUUUGGAUUUGUGAGAAGACAGCUGCAUUAGUGAAAAUUGAAGAUUUGGAUUAAUCUGCUUCCUCCCAAUUCAUCAAGAAGUAAGGAACUUGUGAUUAAGCUCAUAUGAGGAAUGAUAAAGCUGCAGUACCAGGGCCCCAGAACAGACUAAAAAGUGACUAAUGUCCAAACAAAAGCCUGCAUGCUAUGCUUACGGCAGCUUUAUUCAUAAUUGCCAAAAAUUGGAAGCAACCAGGAUGUCCUUCCAGAGGUGAACGGAUAAACAAACUGUGGUUCAUGUGUACAAUGGUGUAUUAUCAGCAAUAAAAAGAAAUGAGCUAUCAAAUAACAAAAAGACAUGGAGAAAACUUAAAUGCAUAUUACUAAGUGAAAGCAGCCAAUCUGAAAAGACCAUAUACUGUAUGAUUCCAACUAUAUGGCAUUCUGGAAAAUGCAAAACUAUGGAGACAAUAAAAAGAUCAGUGGUUUCCCAGAAUUCAGGGGGAGGGGGAAAGGAUGAAUACAUGGAGCACAGGGGUUUUUAGGACAGUGAAACUAUUCUGUAUGAUGCCCUAAUGGCAGAUACAUGACAUCAUGUGUUUGUUAAAACUCACAGAACUCUGUACAACAUAACAAGUGAACCUUAAUAUAAACUACGGAUUUCUAAUAAUGUAUCAAUAUUAGUUCAUCAGUUAUGACAAAUGUACCACACUAAUACAAGAUGUUAAUAAUAGGGGAAACUACAGGAGGAGGGAGGUAUAUGGGAACUCUGUACUUGCUACACACUUUUUCUAUAAACUUAAAGCUGCUCCAAAAUAAAGU